GAUAAGCUGGAAAGAUCUUAAUUAGGAAGUAGACAUGGAGGUCAGAAUGGAAGUGGUUCUAAGUCCUCCUUCUUCAGGAAAUUUACAAUUUUUAAAAUAGCUCUGUGUGAUUUUAUCUUCAGAUGAAUUGGAAAAUACUCCGCAUGAGUGUUUGGCUGAUCACAAGUGACACUGCAUGUGAGACUGUCAAAGGAAAAAUUGCACGGGACACAGGUAAACAGGCAAGACUUGGUUCAAGACCGUGAUGACAGGGGAGAGAAGCCAGAACUCAGUGUGAACUCAGCGUGACCCAAAAGGCAGAAGGAAACAACUGGAGGGCUUGACAGAGGCUGAUCCAGGAGAUGUGUGGAGCACCUUGAGUUUGCAAAUGGUUUUCUCCGUGAUUAAGCCACCUGUGUUUGCUAAUUGGCACCCACCAAUUAGCAAGUUAGGCUCUACCUUCCCACAGAGACUGGCAAACGCAAACACAGGUGCCAUCUUCCUGGCUGAUUGCAUUUCAAAGGGAUGCCUCCUAAUCUUUGAGCAAGACAUUCCUGGGUUGUAAAACUGGCUGGAGGCUCCAAGAAGAUUUACAUGUCAAUGGGACAGAGAAAGAAUUUAUAACGAUGAGUUUUCUGAAGUAAAAACUCUGGGAAAAAGGAGGUCAGUUUCAAGAGUCAGGAAGAAGCCUGGGCUGGGGUUUCGUCAAGGUGACGCAAACGUUAAAGCUGUCCCGGUCAAAGUUCCUUCGUUUAGUGAUUGGAAAUGAAUGAACCAUCAGAGAAGAGUGUCACCCAAGAGGGACACACAGGUCAAAGCUCUCCUGAGAAAGACUGUCAGAUCGGACAAAAGCAGCUGCAACAGAUAGAGCGGCAGUUAAAAUGCUUGGCGUUUCAAAACCCUGGACCACAGGUAGCGGACUUUAAUCCUGAAACAAGGCAGCAGAAAAAGAAAGCUCGGAUGUCAAAGAUGAAUGAGUAUUUUUCUGUAAAAUACAAGGUCAGGAAGAAGUAUGACAAAAGUGGCCGGCUGAUCUGUAACGACGCCGAUCUGUGUGAUUGCCUGGAGAAGAAUUGUCUGGGCUGCUUCUACCCUUGUCCCAAGUGCAACUCCAACAAGUGUGGGCCCGAGUGCCGGUGCAACCGUCGGUGGGUCUAUGAUGCCAUUGUCACUGAAUCUGGGGAGGUGGUCAGCACACUGCCAUACCCCGUUCCUGACUAGGAGCUGUUCCCUGGGAACAGCUUUGUUUCUUCUUUCUGUUUCUUCUUGACAGUGAAGCCAACCUCUUUCUCGUGGGUGGAUUUUAGGGCUUGGGGGAAAUGCUGGGAGAAGAUGCUGAAGGUUCAUGUUCUCUGAAACUGUAGAACAAUGUAGAAUGGGCAGUCGCUCCAAUGCCUUCACUCGUGACCAAAGGGUGACAGUGCAUGGUCUCAGCAUCGCCUCCCCCGAACACCUCCGUCUCUGCCCUCAAGUCAAAAAUGUCUUUUGUCUUUACUGGUACCUGAGAAGAUGUAGUUUUAAGAUGUUCAGAACUCUGUAGCUGAGAGCUCUCCUUACAGAGAACCUACAAUCAUAAGUUUGUAAGAGCUAGCUACCCUUCCAACCUUACACACAAGUUCCAAGUCCGACUCGCUUCUUGAAUUAAAAAUACACCCCCACACCCUGUGACUUUGCACUGUAUUGUCUUGUUUUUUAUUGUUAAUAUGUUGAUAACAUUAAAGUUAAAUUUGGUAAUACCUGGCAGUA